AAGGUUAGGGCUCUUCUCUCUCUCUCUCUCUCUGCAUUUAAAGAAAUUUGUUGAACUAAGUGAUUGAUAUAAUCUCUGCUUUAUUUAGUGCUUUAGUCUCUUCUCAGUGUGUUUAUUCCUUGAAUCUUAGCUCCUAAGCUUUUCUGCUCUUCUGAAACUCACAAUCCUCGUUUGCUCGAGUCUUCUUCUACAUUUGUUGGUUUCUAGUGUUCCAUGUCGUCUACAAGUACAUUUAUGCAUGACUGUUGAGAAUUGGGCUGUGGAGAUCAGUGAAUGUGAUUCUGUUUUGCUCUGUUUUCAGAUUGGAGAGUGUUUUCUGAGUGGAUGUGUAGAGAUUCGGGCACUGAAAGCGUAAAAUUAACGAAAAAGAUUGAGUUUUGAGGUCAAUGGGCAGGAUUACUUCUGCGGCAGAUUAUUUGAAUAUGGAGAUCUGUGGACGGGUGCUCAUCGGGUUUGUGUUGAUGUACGCAGGGCAAGUUUCGCGAGCUAGUACUAACGCUAGUGAUGUUGCUGCAAUUAAUUUCUUUUAUGUUGCGCUGGGCACCCCUCUUCUUCCCCAAUGGGUUCCUAGCGGGGGAGACCCAUGUGCUGAUGCUUGGCAAGGUGUCUCAUGCAAAGAUUCAGCGAUAAGCUCAAUAAUUCUCAAUGGUGCUAACUUGGGAGGGGAACUGGGAGAUAACUUAGGAAUGUUUUCUUCUAUUGAAACAAUCGAUCUCAGCAACAACCGCAUUGGUGGUAGUAUUCCAUCUAAUUUGCCCCUUACCAUCCAACACUUCUUUCUUUCAGAUAAUCAGUUCACUGGAAGCAUCCCAAGUUCUUUGUCUUCUUUGACUCAACUUACAGACAUGUCUCUAAAUAACAACUUUUUGACUGGAAGAAUACCAGAUGCCUUUCAAGACCUUACGGGGUUAAUAAAUUUGGAUUUAUCUAGUAACAAUUUGAGUGGACAGCUGCCUCCCUCGCUGGAAAGCUUGUCAUCUCUAACCACCCUACACGUGCAGAAAAAUCAGCUCUCUGGGACCCUUGAUGUUUUGCAAGAUCUUCCCUUGAAAGAUUUGAAUAUAGAGAACAACCUGUUUUCUGGACCUAUUCCUGAGAAGCUUCUGAGCAUUCCAACUUUUAAAAAAGAUGGGAAUCAAUUCAACAGUACAAUUGCCCCUUCACCUCCUCCCACAUCCCAAUCAAUGCUACCGCCUGCACCGCCACUUUCUGGAGCACCAUCUUCUGUGCAAACGCCUGGGAGACAGGCUGAUGAACCAUCUGCAUCUGAGGAAUCAAAUUCUAAAGGAAAAAGAAGUUUUUUUACUGCGAAAAGAAUAGUAUGGAUAUCAAUUGCAGGGGUGUUGUUAUUUAUUAUUCUGGCAUUAGGGCUUGUGCUAUUCAUGCCAAGGUGUUGUAGACAACGGCAAGAAGCUGAGAGAUAUACCAAGCGACAUGAAACUGGUGCAUAUAAUGGAAGCAGGGGGAAUCCCAUGGACAGGGGGUCCUUGGUCCAGUUAGGCAAUGAAAUCGAUAAAGGUGCAAAAGAGGCAGUUGUAACACCAAGGGAGGAGCAUCAAAGAGAGACUAGGAGAGUGGGUGCAAUUCCAAAGCUGCAGAAUGACCAAUCUAUAAACAUUCAAAGAGCAGACACAAUAUCAAGGGAGGAGGAUCAUGAGAUAGAUAUGAGCAGUUUCGAUAUGCUGUUGAUGCCUCCCCCUCCACCUCCCCCACCACCUCCGCCACCUCCUCCACCACCUCCUGUUGAAAAGAUUAUUGCUAAGCCAAUGGCACCCACUGAAGUAACCACAGUGAAGGCUUCUACCAAAACUCCAAACCCUGCAACUUCUGUGAAGUUUUUCUCCAUUGCAUCGCUUCAGCAAUACACAAACAGUUUUUCUCAAGAAAAUCUUAUUGGAAGUGGCAUGCUGGGAAGUGUGUAUAGGGCACAGCUUGCUGAUGGAAAGCUACUUGCUGUCAAGAAACUGGAAAAGGUGGCCUGCAAUCAACAGAGCGAUGAUGAGUUUCUUGAGCUAGUGAACAGUAUUGACAGAAUUCGACAUGCAAAUGUUGUUGGGCUCAUGGGCUACUGUGCAGAGCAUGGUCAACGCCUUCUGAUUUAUGAAUAUUGCUGUAAUGGAAUGCUGCAGGAUGCCCUGCAUUCAGAUGAUGAAUCUAAGAGGCAACUUUCAUGGAAUGCCCGCAUCCAAAUAGCACUGGGGGCUGCAAGGGCCUUAGAGUAUCUGCAUGAGAUCUCUCAGCCUCCUGUUGUGCACCGAAAUUUCAAGUCUGCCAAUGUUCUUCUUGAUGAUGAGCUCUCUGUACGCGUCUCCGAUUGUGGUUUGGCACCGUUAAUAUCUUCUAAAUCUGUAAGUCAGCUGUCAGGCAAUCUCUUAUCAGCAUAUGGAUAUGGUGCUCCUGAAUUUGAGUCUGGAAUUUAUACGUACAAGAGUGAUGUUUACAGCUUUGGAGUAGUAAUGUUAGAACUCUUAACAGGCCGGAAGUCAUAUGACAGGACACUGAAUCGAGGGGAACAAUUUCUUGUGAGAUGGGCCAUCCCUCAGCUUCAUGAUAUUGAUGCAUUGUCAAGCAUGGUUGAUCCUUCUCUCAAUGGGGAAUACCCUGCUAAGUCUUUGUCACAUUUUGCUGACAUUAUUUCCCGUUGUGUUCAGCCUGAGCCAGAAUUCAGGCCACCAAUAUCCGAAGUUGUUCAAGAUCUUGUUGACAUUAUAUGGAAGGAGCAUCAUCCAACAAUAAAUCAACGGGGGACUGACUAAGAUUAGGAAAUCCAAUUUAGUGAUUCCAAGUGAUGAGUAGUGAAGACAGAGGGAUUUAAUUGGCAGGAAUUAACCCAAGAUCCAUGAAUUGUAAAAAGAAUGCAGGUUUGAUGCCCCCUGCUGCCAUGCCCUGCGAUUCAUCUUCCAGGGCUUACCCAAGAGUCUUCAAGGUGUGUGUCUUCAAGGUGUCUGGGACAGAAAAAAGGUUGUGACAUCUUCCUGAUCAUUUAUCAGUUUGUGAUCAUUCCUAUGUUCAUUAGACUAUGCAAUGGUGUCAGCAUGGCUCAAAAGAGAACCCAGUUAUUUUAUAACGUUUCUUCUGUACUAGUAACAUGCUUCUACUUUGUUCUGUAGACGAAUGUAACAUAUUCUACCCCCCUCUUGCUCUUUUGGGUUGUUUUUUGUUUUUGUUUUUUUUUUUUUUCACUUUUUCCAGUUUUAUUCUUUCCCUUUUGUUUAGUUUUUUUAUUUUAUUUAAAUUUUUUUGUUCUUUUUUUUUUUGGGGGGGGGGGGGGGGGGGGUGGUAUUAUUCAUGUAAUUCUUAUAGAUUUGUUGCAUUAUUGUUUUUGUUUCUUUUUGCUGACAAAUGUAACAUCUUCUCUA